GAGAUCGUGGUGAACUUCGAUUCGAUUUCGUAAUCAAGGUGAGUCGUAGUGGGGCGUUUGCAAGCUCAGUAUCUUUGACGAUUUAAAAAAGAAAAGGGUGAAAAUGGCUACAAGAGAAAAGGCUGCUGAACAACUAUCAGAGUUUGCUUUUCACAAAGGGGAGGCAGAUAAGUUAACAACUGGUAAUGGUGCUCCCCUUGACACAAAGACAAACACUCUAACUGUUGGCCCCAGGGGACCUGUUCUUCUUCAAGACCAUGGAUUCAUUGAUGAUAUGGCCCAUUUUGAUAGAGAACGCAUUCCAGAGAGGGUUGUCCAUGCCAAAGGAGCUGGUGCAUUCGGAGAAUUUGUUGUUACCCAUGAUAUUUCCAAGUACUGCAAAGCUGCUCCUUUUUCUACAGUUGGCAAAAAGACCCCUGUGGCUGUGAGAUUUUCAACUGUUGGUGGUGAAUCAGGAAGUGCAGAUACUGCUAGAGACCCAAGAGGUUUUGCUAUCAAAUUCUAUUCUGAAGAUGGAAACUGGGACUUGGUUGGAAAUAAUACUCCAAUUUUCUUCAUCAGAGACCCAAUUUUGUUUCCCAGCUUCAUUCAUACCCAGAAAAGAAACCCACAAACCCACCUGAAGGACCCAGACAUGUUUUGGGACUUCAUCAGUUUGAGGCCAGAGACAACUCAUCAAGUCUCCUUCUUGUUCUCAAGCCGUGGCACCCCAGAUGGGUACAGACAGAUGAAUGGCUAUGGUAGUCACACCUUUAAACUUGUGAACAAGGACAAUGAGGCGGUCUACUGCAAAUUUCACCUUAAGACUGAUCAAGGCAUUAAAAAUUUCACUGCUGAAGCGGCAGAGUCUCUUUCUGCUAAAGAUCCAGAUUAUGCAAUCAGAGAUCUUUUCAACAACAUUGAGAAUGGGAAACAUCCUUCGUGGACUAUGCACAUCCAAGUUAUGACAUUCGAGGAGGCAGAGAAGUUUAGAUGGAAUCCAUUUGAUCUUACCAAGAUUUGGCCUCAAGCUGAGUAUCCACUAAUUCCAGUAGGAAAAAUGACACUGAACAGAAAUCCGCAAAAUUAUUUUGCUGAAGUGGAACAGAUUGCUUUCAGCCCGGCUCAUAUGAUUCCGGGUAUUGAACCGUCUCCGGACAAGAUGCUGCAGGGCCGCUUGUUCUCAUAUGGAGAUACACAUCGACACCGCCUUGGAACAAAUUAUCAACAGCUGCCUGUCAAUUGCCCAUAUAGAGCUAAGGUCAAAAACUACCAAAGAGAUGGACCCCAGGCCUAUGAUAAUCAAGGUAGUGCUCCGAAUUACUUUCCAAACAGUUUUUCUGGACCUAAGGAGAACCCGGAAGCUGCAUUGCAUGUGUUUAACGUCAGUGGCGAUGUUGCCAAGUACAACUCUGCAGAUGAAGACAAUUUCAGUCAGGUAACGACCUUUUGGGAGAAGGUGCUGAACGAAGAGGAACGAGAAAAGCUUGUUAGCAAUAUUGCAGGCCAUAUGAAGGACGCUAAAGAUUUCAUCCAGAAAAGGGCGGUGGCAAAUUUCUCAGCUGUCCACCCAGAUUAUGGUAAACGCAUCGAGGCUAAAUUGGCUGCAUACAAAUCCAAGUAAGAUCAAAGAAAUGAAAUGGGUUUUCCAAUGAUACCAUAUGACGUCAUAGCUGCAAAUAGUCAUUUGAUUUACUUCGAAAACUUGACAACGAAGGCUAAUAGGAAUAUUAUCAAGCACAUAUUACUUUUUGAGCACGAAGCCUUUUAUUAGAGUCGUAUGUAUCUGCAUUCUAAUCUAUGCGAAAACUGACAUGUCUGAAUGAAAAACGAUCGUUUUAUGCGCCCCAAUCAUUAUACCUUUGUUUUUAACCCCCCCCCAAAUGUUUUAAACACGAUUUGAUAAAUUUUCAUUGUCUUUUUAUUUUAGAGAAAUAUAUCCUUUUUUAACCACGAAAAACGAAAUUAGGAUCUAAGAUUUACUAGCAAGAGGUCGACUAGCUCAUAAUUUGUAGAACCCACAAUUAUUUUACGAUUUGAAUCAUUAUGAAAUAUGGAAUAUAAGGAAUGACUGCCGCGGACAACCUACAAAAGAACUAUGAAAUAUCUAGCGAGGCAUUUAAACCAUGCUUUACAUGAAAAUGUCUUUUGAACAAUCCCGGCUGAAGAACUAUGCAAUAUCUAGCUUUUUUGUAGCAUUUAAACCAUGCUUCACGUAGAAGUUAUUUGAACCAUCUGCAUAAAUUUUCUUUGCUUUUUCCGUGGCAGAUGCAUGCUGGCCCAUGCAUUGUCACAUUGUAAUGCAAAUCCCGAGUUUCCACAUGUUUAGAAAUCUUUAUCAAAACCGUCACUUUGAUAAAACUUUUCCGACGCAAAAAUUUUGGCCUUGAAUGCUAAUCCUCGCGUCUUUAUCGUUAUUAAAGACCAUUUUUAACUUUGUUAACACACGCUUUCGAUCUAAUUAAUAUAAUCUAAAUUGUAUUAUAAAUGAUGAUUUUACAUUCCCAGAAUUUUUUGGUUAUAAUAUUUAGAAAAUGCACAAAUUAGUAUCCUUGUAUUCAUUAUUUUUCGUUUUUUGCUUGUAACCAAAUAUUACAGACACAUAUCUCGUGGGAUUGAUAUAUAUUUGAAAAGCUUUAUGAAUUGUACCCUGAUGGAUUCACCAAUCGUGCGAUUAAAUGAUGAUUUAAUUAAAAUUAAUCAGAGUUAAUUUCA